AUGGAGUUUUCCUUAUCAAAUCCUAUCUAUUCCCUUUCUUUGGCACCGUUUGCCACAUUUAAAGCUGAUCCUUUUACUAACCAUUGCAUUGAUGGUAUAUUUGAUUAUUCUUGUUCAUUGUCGUUUCAGGCUUUCUGUAGUCAAGGGCUCAUUGAACAUUACAUUAACAAGAUAGCUUCGUUCUGCUUGAGUGAUGUAUUUCCAAGUGAUAUGUCGGCCGGCCAUCCCGGUUAUGCAUCUUUAUUUGCAAAUAUUUUUGACGCCGCAGUCUAUAUCUUGUCCGACCAAGCUUUAUCUCAUGAGAGAGUAGCUGAUCUACUUAACGCUUCUGUGUUAUUUCUGGAUGCUUUGCCCAAAAUUGCAUCACCGUCCAAAAGUAUUGAUGAUGUCGAUAAUAGUGGGCUUCAUGAAUAUUUGCAAAGAGAGAUAAGGCUGGUGCUUCAAGUUUUGGUGAAUGCUGCAGUUAGAUGCACAGCCAGCAUAUCCUAUAUUGAUACAGCAAGGCAACCCACUGUUGCAAUGAAAGCUGUGGGCUCUCUUUCUGCUCUUGUGCAUUUGAUGCUAGAAACAUUUAGUAUGGACGUAAUUAUGACAGCAUUGGCAUUUCAUACUGAAAUAGCUUCUGUUUUAUGGAACUUUAUAAAGUGGUGCCAUGAAAGUGAAAGCUGGAAUAUUUUUUUGAACAGUCUGAUUUCAUGGCCUACAAAUGCUCCUGCUUGGUUUCUACCAGUUUCUUUGUUCUGUCCCAUAUACAUGCACAUGUUGGGAGUGCUUGAUAACACCGAGUUCAUAGAACAGGGUGAACCAUUUUUACUUGAUGAUUUGAAGUAUUUGGUUUCUGUAUUAAAAGAGGAACUGUUUGAAAUUCUUUGGAAUAUUCCUUCGCAUACCUCUAAUAUUCAGGCAGCAUUGCCCAACCCACUUGGACUUCAGAAGAUCUCAAUUGAGGGUCUCAAAAGCAAGGCUAUGUUUGGCUUAAUUGAAUUACUUUCAGAGCUGCAGGAUUGGAAUAACAGAUUAUUCACUGAUGAUGAGAGUGCUUUCUGUAUUGAUAAUUUUUCCGAAGUGGUGGGUGAAGAUUUUGUCGGCCAGGCAAUACUUGCCAAUAGCCAAGAAUCAAAACUAGUAAAGAUUGCCCCCUUCUUGGUUCCUUUCAGUCUUCGACUGCAAAUAUACCAUUUAUAUUUGGCUGCUGAUAAGGCAAAGUUCAAAGCUUCAAGACUACCCUUAGGGUCCCAUCCGAUAGAAAUAAGAAGAACUCACUCUCGGGAAGAUGCUUUUGAACAUCUAAACCAUCUCUCUUCCGAAGAACUUAAAGGAUAUAUUGAAGUGAGCUUUAUUAAUCAGCAUGGUAUUAGAGAAGAAGGUGUUGGUGAAGGGAUAUCACGUGAUUUUAUUGAUGGUGUUGCCAAGUUAGCAUUUGGUUCGGACGCUGGCUUCUUCAAGUCAACCUCUCGCAAUUUGCUCUAUCCGAGAUUGGGGUCAGUUUCUGCACAAGAUCUGGAACAUUUCCAUUUCCUUGGACUUCUUCUUGGAAAGGCAAUGUAUGAGAAUGUCAGUAUCGAAGCAGUGUUUGAAUUAUCAUUCUUAAAAACAAUAAAACAGAGACCAAUCUGUUUAAAUGAUUUCUCAUUAUUGGAUAAAGCAAUCUAUAAUCAACUGCGAAACAUGAAGAAAGAGGAGGAUUCAAUCUCAGGAUGGGGCUUGUACUUUUCAAUCUCAAGUGGUAACAAUAAUGAUGAAGAAGAUUUGCUUCCUGGUGGGAGCAAUAUGCUUGUUACUAAGCAUAAUUUUGCUCUCUAUAUGCAUCUUGUCGCAGACUAUAAAUUAAAACAUCAGAUCCGUGCACAAAGUAAGCACUUUUUGAGAGGUUUCCAACAGCUUAUUUCACUGGAAUGGCUUGACAUGUUCAGUGAGCCGGAAGUUCAGUGGAUUAUAUCUGGACCUUCUAAAGGGCUGGAUAUAGAUGACUUGCGGUCAAACACGAAUUAUGCUGGUGCAUUUCAUCAGGAUCACGAGGUCAUAAUUUUCUUUUGGGAGGUUUUAGAGACUUUUGGUCAAGAUGAUCGGAAAGCAUUUCUCAAGUUUGUGACGGGUUGUUCUCGAAUUCCCAUUGGUGGUUGCCAAUUGCUUCAACCAAAAUUUUGCAUUGCAAGUCUAGGUGAAGCCCCAGAUCCAGAUGCAUUUCCUCGUUCUUCCACUUGCUUCAACCAGUUGAAACUCCCAAUAUAUACAACCAAGAGAACUAUAUCAGUUCAUCAGUCAUAUACUCCCUCCGUCCCAUAA